CCUGGAGCCUGCAAGGGAGGGGGUGUUGCGGCGCUCCCUGGGGUUCCCCCGCGCGGCUCCGGCUCGAACAUGUCGCCGGACGAGGAGGAUGUGCAGCGGCUCCUGAUCCAGUUCCGCGAUGAGGCGGGGGAGUGCCUGGGCUCCCCCUUCGACGUCCCGGUCACCAUCACUCCGGACAAGCUGCAGCUGGUCUGCAACGCCCUCCUACAGAAGGAUGAGCCGGUGCCUCUGGCCUUCUUCGUCCACGAUGCCGAGAUCGUGGCGUCGCUGGAGAAGACCCUGGCAGGGCAGAGCGUGGAGACAGAGAAGGUCCUGGACAUCAUCUACCAGCCGCAGGCGGUGUUCAGGGUGCGGGCGGUGACACGCUGCACCAGCUCCCUGGAGGGACACACCGAGGCUGUCAUCUCUGUGGCUUUCAGCCCCACGGGAAAGUACCUGGCCAGCGGCUCUGGAGACACCACUGUCCGCUUCUGGGACCUCAGCACGGAAACGCCGCAGUUCACGGCCAAAGGUCACCGGCACUGGGUGCUCAGCAUUGCUUGGUCACCUGAUGGCAAGAAGCUGGCCUCGGGCUGCAAGAACAGCCAGAUCUUUCUCUGGGACCCAGCCACUGGCAGCCAGAUCGGCCGGGUGCUCUCUGGCCACUCCAAAUGGAUCACAUGUCUGUGCUGGGAACCGCUCCACAUAAACCCAGAGUGCCGUUACCUGGCCAGUGCCUCCAAGGACGGCAGCAUCCGCAUCUGGGACACGCUGAUGGGCAGGUGUGACAAAAUCCUCACAAGCCACACGCAGUCGGUGACCUGUGUGAAGUGGGGGGGCGAUGGCUUGCUCUACUCCUCCUCCCAGGACAGGACCAUCAAAGUCUGGAGGAGCCAGGAUGGUGUCCUGUGCCGCACCCUGCAGGGCCACGCUCACUGGGUGAAUACCAUGGCCCUGAGCACCGACUACGUUCUCCGCACCGGCGCCUUCGAGCCGGCCGAGGCCACCAUCAACCCCCAGGACGUCAGAGGCUCCUUGUCAGAACUUAAAGACAGAGCACUGCAGAGGUACAACCAAGUCCGGGGCCAGGAACCAGAAAGGCUCGUCUCGGGGUCUGAUGAUUUCACCCUGUUUCUUUGGAGACCAGCAGAAGACAAGAAGCCACUGGAGAGAAUGACAGGCCACCAGGCAUUGAUUAACCAAGUCCUCUUCUCCCCAGAUACCCGGAUAAUAGCUAGUGCUUCCUUUGACAAGUCCAUAAAGCUCUGGGAUGGUAGGACAGGAAAGUACCUGACGUCGCUGCGGGGCCACGUCUCGGCCGUGUACCAGAUCGCCUGGUCAGCCGACAGCCGCUUGCUGGUGAGCGGCAGCAGCGACAGCACCCUCAAGGUCUGGGAUGCCAAAACAAAGAAACUGGCCAUUGAUCUGCCUGGCCAUGCCGAUGAGGUGUAUGCAGUGGAUUGGAGCCCGGAUGGACAGAGGGUAGCGAGCGGAGGGAAGGACAAGUGUUUGCGGAUAUGGCGUCGAUAGGAACAGUGACAUGGAGCUGCUGGUCCUGCCCUCAGCACAGUCCUGGGAGAUCUCCAAGGUGAUGGAUGAAGAGAUUGAUCCAAACACGGCUCCGUGUUCCUGUUGGCAACUCUCCCUCAUGGACUCUUUCCUUAUAUUUAUUUAAGGAAAUUUUAAUUUUAGUUCUUAUUAAGAGCUGUGCAUUGCAGGAUGAUCUCCUCUGAACAUCACAGGAGGGAUAUCUCAUCUGCCUCCAUCUCAACUGGCUUUUUAUUGGAAUUUCAGCCUCACAGUAGCAAUUGUCCUGAAAGGAGCAAGCAAAGGGUGGAGACUGCUCGUGCCCUUUCUUGCUCUGUGAAGAGUCCUGUGGAGAAGAGGGUUUUAGUGCAAACAGAGAGGGUUGUCUUUGUGUGGCCUUCAGAGAGAGAAAAGUGGGAAAAUUCAGCACAUCAUUACCUUGCAGAA